AUGGCGGCCACGAACUGGAGUCCAGCGGCGGCGAGGAACUGCAUUGGAACGGAGGCCACAAACAGCGGAGUUGAAGAGGCGGCCGAAAGGACCAUGGCCAUGACCAUGGGCACUGUUGCGGCGAACACGAGGCCCAAGGCGCUCGAAGACGCUGCGGCGUUGUCCAUGGCGGCCAUGGUGGCGGAUCGGGCCACGACGAACUCCACCGACACGGCGAAGUGCGAAGAACAGUUGACGAACAGCAUGAGACGAUAUAUAUACAAAGUGAAGGGGUGUGUCCGUACGGACACAAUUGUUAGUGUCCAAAGGACAUGUCCCUUUGAUGACAAUGGUUAA